UCUAUUAAAUUGUAUCGACCUUCUUCAUCCAAUUCUCACUUCGUUAUCUUCUCAUAUAAAUCCAGGAAGGCAUCAAAAUCAGGCAGCCAUAUUUUGACACAAGUGUCGUCUCCUAGUCGCUUGACAGGAAUUGGUAUCCACAACUCUUCUUCUUACGCAUGGCAUCUACAAUUUGAUUUCAAGCCCCGCAUACCAAUUAUAUAUAUAUAUAUAUAUCACUCUUCUCAUCCAUCCUUUCCUUCCACCAACACCAAAGACAACAUCUGAUUAUCUUCAUCUCCUCUUCACACCUCCCAAUUGAGAGCCUCAAAAUGGCCACCACCUCCCCAGAAGAAGAAUUCACCCUCCUCCCCCUCACCUUCCCCCAAGACGCCGCCGAAAUUCUCCGUCUCGACUACCAAGUCUACACCACCUCCCCACUCCACCAAUCAACCAUCACCACGCUGCCCUCCCUCUCCCAAUUCAUCACCGACCGCACCCCCCACAUCGUGUCCCGGUUCGCGAAACCGGGUUCCUUUGGCGCAAAACUCGUUUUAGCAUCUCAGCCCGAGAAAAUGGUGUCGUACGUCGUGUUUGUGGCGCCCGAGAAAGAUGUCAGGAGUGAUGAGGAGUGGGAAAGGGAUUUGAAGGAGAAGAUCGAGAAGAGGGAUGAUAAGGUGAGGAAGGAUGUGGUGUUCAAGUUGAUGGUGGAGGAUCGGAGGUUGAAUGAGGUGUAUCUGGGGAAGGGGUAUGCGGGGCGGUGGUGGGAGUUGCAGGGGCUGGUUACGGAUGAGGAGUGGCAGAGGCGGGGAUUGGGGACCAGGCUUGUGAGGUGGGGGAUGGAGAGGGUGGAGGAGGAUGUUAGGAGGCGGAAUGCGGAAGGAGAUGGAGAGAGGGUGGAGGGGUGCCAUUUGGUUGCUAGUCCGGAGGGAGCGAGGACGUAUGAGAAGGCGGGGUUUGUGAAGGUGGGUGAGAAGGAGAUGCACGUUAAGACUGCGGGAGGGGAGAAGUAUAUUCAUGCUUGGUUUGUGAAGAGAGUUGAGUAAUUGGACCCUCUCCUCAUCAUUCAGAGUUGAGAUUUCUGUUUCCCUACAACUUUCCUAAAA